UGUGAUGCCACUUCACCCACCCACACAAAGCUUUCCCUUUUUAUAAACAUCAUAGAAUCUUUCAUCUUUCCUAGAUUCUUGUUUUCAGUUCUUGCAGCUUUUUUUCUUUAUAUAGAAAAAAUAUCUGUUCUGUUACAAUUUAUAAUAAAGAUUGUAACAGCAAUAACAAACAUAACUGCUCAUGGGUAUGCUGCAGCUACAACAAGUAUAAAUACAUAUAUAUAGAUAUAAUAUAUAUAUACAAUAUUUGCAGACAACACACUUCUGUUUCAGAUGGCAAACAGACUAGUGUGUGCCGAAAAGUUCAUGUUUCGCAACUUCCAGUUAAGUUUCUCUUCGUUAUCGUCGUCUUCGUUCAUUCGUUUCAAUAUCCGUAAUGCCUUGGAUAAGAAAACCACAAUUAGUAUUAGUACAACCACUACGAAAAAAAUUAAACGCAGCAAACGUAGUACUAAUAAUAACGAUAAGACUAGUAGAAGUAACAGCCAGAAGGCUAUUACUACUAGUACUACUAGUACUAGUACUAGUACUAGUACUAGUACUAGUGGUGGUGAAAGGGUAGAUGAAGAGACUAAAUGUAAGCCGAUAAAUGUACGUAGCUUAGCUCAAAAUGGUGACCCGUUAGGACGAAAGGAUUUAGGGAAAUGUGUUGUGAAGUGGAUAAGUUUGGGAAUGAGAGCAAUGGCUAGUGAUUUUUGUGAGGCAGAGUUGCAAGGGGAGUUUGGUGAGGUUAGACAAAGGAUGGGGCCGGGUUUGACGUUUGUUAUACAAGCUCAGCCAUACUUGAGUGCAAUUCCUAUGCCUUCUGGAUUAGAGUCGGUGUGUUUGAAAGCGUGUACUCAUUAUCCGACUUUGUUUGAUCAUUUUCAAAGAGAGUUGAGGGAUGUGUUGCAACAACUUCAGGGGAAGGCUUUGGUUGAAGAUUGGCAGAAAACUGAGUCAUGGAAGUUGCUCAAGGAACUUGCUAAAUCAGCUCAGCAUAAAGCCAUUGCAAGGAAGGUUUCAGUGACAAAAACUGUUCAUGGUGUUUUGGGCAUGGAGCUAGAGAAGGUGAAGGCAAUUCAAGGCAGAAUGGAUGACUUUGCCGAAAGAAUGGCUAACCUUCUACGUGUUGAACGGGAUUCAGAAUUAGAAUUCACCCAACAGGAAUUAGAUGCUGUGCCAAUAGCUGACAGUUCUGAUCCAAAUAAACCGGUUGAAUUCCUUGUUAGCCAUGGCCAGGCGGAACAAGAAUUAUGUGAUACAAUAUGCAAUUUAUAUGCAGUCAGCACUUAUACAGGAUUAGGUGGCAUGCAUUUGGUGAUGUUUAAGGUAGAGAGAAAUCAUAAGUUGCCACCAACAACAUUGUCUCCUGGAGACAUGGUUUGUGUGAGGACAUGUGAUAGCAGGGGGGCGGCUGGUUCAAUUUCUGGCAUGCAAGGUUUUGUUAAUAAUUUGGGGGAGGAUGGAUGUAGCAUUACCGUGGCUCUAGAAUCACGGCAUGGUGAUCCCACUUUCUCAAAGUUAUUUGGUAAAAGUGUGCGCAUAGACCGGAUUCAUGGGUUGGCUGAUACGGUUACAUAUGAGCGCAAUUGUGAAGCUCUGAUGAUGCUUCAGAAGAAAGGUCUGCACAAGAAAAACCCUUCAAUUGCUGUUGUAGCAACACUUUUUGGAGACAGAGACGACGUUACAUGGCUAGAAGAGAACAAUUUCACUGACUGGGGUGAAUCAGAACCCUCUGAGACCAAAUACAUGCAAAAUUUUGAUGCAGCCCAAAAAAGAGCGAUUACAUUGGGUUUGAACCAGAAACGGCCCGUUCUGAUCAUCCAGGGUCCUCCUGGCACCGGGAAGACGGGUCUGCUAAAGGUGUUAAUUGCUCUAGCAGUAAAGCAAGGCGAACGCGUACUGGUAACUGCACCAACUAAUGCAGCUGUGGAUAACAUGGUUGAAAAACUCUCUGAUAGCAGGAUUAACAUCGUAAGAUUUGGGAAUCCUGCACGAAUAUCUCCAGUUGUUGUGUCAAAGUCGUUGGUUGAGAUUGUAAACGUCAAACUCUCAAAAUUCCGGUCAGAACUUGAAAGGAAAAGGGCGGAUCUUCGCAGGGAUUUGAGACAAUGUUUGAGGGAUGACUCACUGGCAGCUGGAAUCCGACAACUUUUGAAGCAAACAGGGAAGGAGUUUAAGAAGAAGGAGAAGGAAACGGUCAAGGAAAUAUUAUCAAAUGCUCAAGUUGUUCUUACCACCAACACUGGAUCAGCAGAUCCAAUAAUCAGGCGUUUGGAUGCUUUUGAUCUCGUAGUUAUUGAUGAAGCCGGUCAAGCCAUUGAACCUUCAUGCUGGAUUCCAAUAUUGCAGGGGAAACGUUGUAUUCUUGCCGGUGAUCAAUGCCAGCUAGCUCCUGUGAUUCUUUCUAGGAAAGCUCUUGAAGGUGGUCUCGGUAUCUCUCUUUUAGAGAGAGCCACAAAUUUACAUGAAGGGGUUCUUGCCACUAAGUUAACGACACAGUACCGAAUGCAUGAUGCAAUUUCUAGCUGGGCGUCAAAGGAAAUGUAUGGAGGAUUAUUGACAUCUUCAGCAACAGUUUCUUCUCAUCUUCUUGUUGAUUCUCCCUUUGUACAGCCCACAUGGAUAACCCAAUGCCCAUUGCUAUUACUUGAUACAAGGAAGCCAUAUGGUAGUUUAUCACCUGGUUGUGAAGAACAAUUAGACCUAGCUGGCACCGGCUCAUUCUACAACGAAGGGGAGGCGGAUAUUGUUGUUCAACAUGUUCUCUCGUUGAUCUAUGCUGGUGUGCCCCCGGCAGCAAUUGCAGUGCAGUCUCCUUAUGUUGCUCAAGUGCAGUUGCUAAGGGAGAGUCUCGAUGAGAUCCCAUUGGCACGGGGCGUUGAGAUUGCAACUAUUGAUAGCUUUCAAGGCAGGGAGGCUGAUGCAGUUAUUAUAUCCAUGGUUCGAUCAAACACUUUAGGAGCGGUUGGUUUCUUGGGGGAUAGUAGACGAAUGAAUGUUGCCAUAACCAGAGCACGCAAACAUGUGGCAGUUAUAUGUGACAGCUCAACAAUAUGCCAUAACACCUUCCUGGCAAGGUUGCUGCGUCACAUCAGGUACUUUGGUAGGGUGAAGCAUGCUGAACCAGGCGGUUUUGGGGGAUCGGGCCUUGGCAUGAACCCUAUGCUUCCCUCUAUAAGUUGAUGUUUCUAGAUCUUCCAACACUCCAUGUACAUUCUUCUUUCAGGAGAUUGGAAUGUGUCGCCUACGUUUAUAUAUCAUAGCUGUAAAUAAGAAACAUAGAUAUCGCCUAAGCGUAAGAUAUAGGCAAUCAUUGCAUUAUACAUUCAUUAUUGUGUUUUUCGUAUGUUUUGUUAUGUACAUCAAGCGUUAUAAAUUUUGUUUGCUUUUUA